AUGGAAAUGAAAACUGAAAGCAAAGAAGAACAAUGGACGGAUUCGAUUUCUCAAUCUUCAUCUUCACGAUCUUCAUCAAUAACAUCUGAUUCUUCUGAUGGACAUUUUGAUAUCCGACACUUUCCUCUUCCUAAGCCAACAUUGUCUGCAGCAGAGGCACAGAAACAAAGAGAGACACAUCAGGCUUAUACUUCCUCCGUGAGCUCUUACACCGGUUCGUCAUGGUCCUCGGUUCACCAGAACAACCUUGCUGACUUGCCCGGUUACGAUCCAAACCGGAUACCAUCUUCGGUUUUCAUUAGUAAACCGUCUAAUUCCGCGGAUUGGAGUAUAGCUUCUAAUGAAUCCUUGUUUAGCAUCCACGAUGGGAAUUUUAGCAUUUCAACAAAGGAAAAUCAAGGAGUACCUGCAGGGUUGAGAUUGAGUGAGAUACCAAGAUUUGAAGAACCGGUUCACGAGAUAACCGAAAGCAAACCGGUUCCUCUUCCUCUUCCCCCUCCUCAAGUUCAGGUAAAGAAACCCACAGAACCUGAGAAAGAAAUGAUUCUAGAGAAGAAACCAAACAAUGAAGAAGAAGAAUCAGACUCUGAGAUUAACAAUGAUGAUCAAACAGAGAUAACUGAACUAGAAAGUGACAAAGAACAUGAAGAAGAGGAAGGAGAAGAUAUGUUUGAAGAGAAGUUUGAGACACAAGAAAAGAAAGAAGAAGUAGAAGAUGCGAGGGAUAAUAAAACAGAAGAUACAAACAGUACUGUUUCACAUUCCCCUACCAUUUCAUGUCGUUCGGACGCAAGCAAUAACAGCGUUUGCUCUUUCGCAUUCCCAGUAUUGCAGAAAGAAGAUGGAAUGGACACAACGCCGUCUCUGGAAAUCAGAGGGAGCGUUUCACACAAGACAAGACCAGAGUAUCUGCAGCCUCAAUCGCCGAUGCAAACGGCCCAGCCAGAACAGCUGCCUCAUUCAGUGCCGCAACCGCAAUCACAACCACAACGAAAUGCAUCAAAGAAAACAGAAUCCCAGACGCAAUCGCCAAAAUCAUGGACAAAUGGUUGCUUCUCUUGUUUCCACUGUCCUUCAAAAUGCUGGUUUUUCAAGUAG